AUGCCUUUCUAUUCGAUUGCAUUGAACUAUGAUUCUUCAUGGCAGGGCGACGACGAAGGCCCUCACAACAACCGCUUUAUUAUCAUCACCCCAGACAGGGCAACAUCUGACCUGGUGUUUCGUGUAAUUCAAGACAAUCCGAGAAGCCUCACAAGCCGGAUUUCCUUCCAAGAAGUGCGACGAAUCUCCCCCCAGAUGUGGUCAUGGAGUGCGCCAGGCCACAACGACUACACAGCCCUGGAACACACCAUUGUGGAUAUAAACCGCGGCAAAGUAAACUGCGAUCAAAAGCACCUGGAAAAGCUCCGUGGGAAGGUGACACUGGACUAUAUCGGCGACUGGACCAAGCCACUUCCAAUCAUCCCACAUCUGGACGCCGCCGAUCAUAUCUCAGGGAACCACUUCUGCAUUCGCAAUAAACGUGCUCCCACUCAGUUCUGGGCCUAUCCUUGGGUCAGUGAGGGGAAGCCCGUGACGGUAUCUACAGCCAGACGCGCAAAAUUUAGAAUCAGGGCGAUCGAUGGCAGUGUGAGAAACGGAGAGACAUUAAUGGUGGAUACCGACAUGGUUUCUCUUGAACUUGUCUUUCCAGAUCGUGGAGGGACAAGUUAUUGGCCGGUCACUCUGGACAAAACAGAUGGGGUUCUCAUACCACAGCGGUCUGGAUCCUCGGACACAUUCACCCUUGGUUCACUCUUCUUAGGAGGAUUCAGUGUGGACUUCUUCCCAAAAAAUCUUGACAAACUGUACCCGUUCAAAAUUCGAGAUGAAUCCGAAAGAGGGGAGCUCUGGGAACUAUGUUGA